AUGGCCUCCCCCCACCUGGAUAUCCACGAGACAGAGUACCCAGAGGAGAGGGUGCGAGAGGAGUCCCGCGCGACGCCGGACGACCUCAACUGGAUACGCCGCAGCAAGACGCUGAAGCUGAACCCAGCUAAGUGCGCGCUCCUGGUUGAGCAGCUCCGCAGGAACACUGAAACAGCACAGGACAUAGGUUACAUUCUCGUGGACAUCCGCGGCUUUCGGUGCACUAAUGGGGACAACGUCUGGAGUAACGCCACAAAGCUCGUCUCGGCAGCUGUGUCUGCCGUGCCCCCGGUUCUCUUUCAAUGCUGUCACGGCUCGGGGAAAAAGGCGGGAAUAUUGCUGGUGUGUGGUCCGUCCAGUGCAACCGUACGGACCCGACUUGCUCCGGGGAUGUUCCUCGCCACCUCGUUGCUAGGCAUGCGCUCCUGCGUGAGCGCUGCUGGUGAAGUAACACACGCGGACAUCAUCCUCGCCAUGUCGGUGCUGCGUUCUCGAAUCUUGACGUCGUCCUUGCUGCGCUUAACGCGCCUCCGUCGACGUCUCAUGCGUGCUGCCGCCCAAGUUUGGUGGCUACAGUCAAUUUUCACGAGUCUGACGAGCGGGCCAUAUGGGCCCUCAAUAUUCAAUGGUGGGCAGCCGCAGUGCGUAAGCCACCGGCGACAAUUCAAGAAAUCGGACCUUCUCUGCAUCUCUCGUCCCCGUUCUGUUCUCAUGGCUCAGGAGGCAGACAUCGCUGACGAGCUGUACUCUGAACAGCCCUUGUUCAUCUCGUCUCGGUGCCCAUUGGCACCAGAACCCGAAGUCAAAUCACACGAAGAGGUCGUCGCCCCGGUUCGUGCGAUGGCACAGCAGAUGUUUAGCUCCGGUGCUUUGUCUGCUGCUUAUUACAUCGGGGACGCUCUGCAAAUUGCCCUUUGGCUGUUCAAGAAGCCGCUGGGUGUCCUCAUUUUUGGCAUGGGCCUGGCGGUCCUUUGCAAUUACGUUGUCGGGAAGAUCGGUGACAUGCUAUCCCCCGUCUGUUUGGUUCCGGUCAUCUCAACCACCCCGUUCUGCAUUCAUCGCACAACAUUCUCACCCACCGUGAACAAGGCGCCACACUCGGCGGAUCUGGACAAAUCGAUCGGGCUGCAUGGUAACUUUGGGGGCCUCCUAGAUACGAACGCGGACGCGGGCGACAUAGGUACGAAGCUCCUGCAGUCGGAGAUUGCGACGCGCGACCUGGUCACGCUCGUGCGUGUCAGUGACCUGCGCAGUCGUAACAUGCUCGCAGGAGCUCUGGUGCAGCUUGUGGAGGAUGCAAAGAGGACAGGAGAAGGAUUACAUAGUCUGAAUGCAACGAUCAACGGCGCAGUAGAACGCAUCACGGUCGUGAACGAUUACGCUAUGAGCACAAUGUCUGCCGCGACGGUCGAUGACAGUCCGUUGUCGUGGAUCGCUACCACUUUCUCGUUUUACUCCGGCACUCCGAAGGUCGUCAUUGUCCAGUCAUACAGAGAUGUAAUGGAAACACUGGCAGCGGAGACUGAGCGCGCGCUCCUGGAGGCAUCUAUCAGCGCCGCAAACCUCGAGAGGCUCCAAGAACACCUUUUCACAAUUCACGAAAUCUGCGUGAGGGAGGGACUCUCCCUGAGUGACGCGCGCGCAAAGCUGCUUUCCGAACUAUGGUCGGUUCUCGGAGGAAAUCGCGACGCGCUGCGCAAGGCUGAGGGACGACUUACCCUCCUUGCGGAAGUCGACCAAUAUACGUGGUUAUGA